UUAGUUAUAACAGGACUUUCAGUUAUAUUUAAACCGUACUUUCAUUUCAUUUUAACCGUGCUUUCAUUUUUAGAUAAUCAUGGAAGGAGUUGUGGGACCAUCUGCGGACAGCAAUAUACAUAUUGAGAAUAUGUUAUUUGGCCGGUGCAGAUGACUAUAAAAUACAUAUCAUGUACUGCUCAGAAUAAACUUUUUAAUUAAGACGUUGCUAUUUUUUUUUUUUGAAGAACGGCUUUCUGACUGAUGAUCAAUAGAGGGCGCUGCUGCUGCAAGGUACCUGUGCUGUCCGUGGUGCUGAUUCUCUUGGGUUAAAUAAUAGAAAAAUGGCCAGUUACAUGGUAGACUGUGUUUUAUUUUAAAUAUCAUUCUUAUAGGAGAGCAUCUGGGAACUGCUUGUCCUUCUACUGUUAGAAGCCAAAUUCCACGGGAUAUAAAAGGGUUGUAUAAUGACUACAUGCAAGGGAAGAAAUAUAUUAAUGACUUUUACAAUGUAAACACUUGUUAUUUAUUCCAUAACUAGAAUUUUUCUCCUGCAUUGACACAACAAAAUCCAAGCUUUUUUUUUUAUCUAAAUCAAAGGAAAACCAUGUACAGAUGUUAAUUGGAAAAUAAAGACAGUAUAAAGUAUACUCACUGCAGUGAUAGAGAUGACCACAGACAUGCUUUUUGCAGUGCACUUGAAGAGCUGUAUUAAUUGCACUAAUUUGUUAAUGGGGCUCUGUUUUCAAAUUUUCUGUUAGAGCAAGUACACCAGUCUAACAGCUUCAGAGCUGAAGUUGGGAAAAUAAAGCUGCAAGUGGAAGGAGCAGGCAGCAAUUCUCUUCUCCCUCCCCCUGUGGGAAGGACAACUGCGCAAGGCAGGGGCUGACGACAUACAGUGAGGGUGGUAAAACAAAACAUCCAGUCCUUGAAAAAGCUAAGUAAGGCUUGGUUUCCCACCUCGGUGUGAGAACCUGAUAAUCCACUGCCUGUCGUUUAGAGAUAAGAAGAUUUCAGAAAAUCUGCAUUUCAUGUACGGAUUCCGUUCUCUAUGCACAGUCUACAGGAGAAAACUUUCUUUAUGAAAAGCUGAACUUCGGUGGUGACUUGUCUGAAAGCAAUUCACAUGGAGCCCUACUGGAAGUUUUUCUAGAUCAUUUAGCCUGUGCUCCAGAAGAGGGUAAGCUGAGUUGGGUAUCCAGUGAAAGCCUCAGCCAUGGUUUCUCCCCUUUCAUACUCCAUCCAGGCUACUGCUGUCAUUGCAGCCAUCAUUACCUUCCUUGUUCUCUUCACCAUUUUUGGAAAUGUGUUGGUCAUCAUAGCUGUGCUAACGAGUCGUUCUUUGAAAGCUCCUCAGAACUUAUUUUUAGUGUCUCUGGCUGCGGCUGAUAUUUUAGUGGCUACCCUGAUAAUACCCUUUUCCUUAGCCAAUGAGUUAAUGGGAUACUGGCAUUUUGGCAAGACCUGGUGCGAGAUGUAUUUGGCCUUGGAUGUUCUAUUCUGCACCUCCUCCAUUGUGCACCUAUGUGCCAUCAGCCUGGAUAGAUACUGGUCAGUAAGCCAAGCUAUAGAGUAUAAUUCCAAGAGGACUCCAAAAAGGAUUAAAUGCAUCAUCCUCAUUGUUUGGACACUUGCAGCCUUGAUCUCUCUGCCACCAUUGAUUUAUAAAGGCAAAAGCAAAGACCCAAAUGCCAAACCUGAAUGCAAGUUGAACGACGAGCCCUGGUAUAUACUUUCUUCUAGCAUCUGUUCCUUCUUUGCACCUUGCCUUAUUAUGAUCCUGGUGUAUCUAAGAAUCUAUCUUAUUUUCAAACGCAGGAACAGGAAGAACACGACAGGCAACAAACUUAAGAAAACGGCACCUGGACUCUUCAACCAUAUGAAUAAACAUAGUAUGAACAGUACACAAGCACAAACUCAAUGUAGUAUUAUUUCUUCACAGGAAAAAAGAGGGUCAGCGGUAGAUGAUCUCCACCAUGGUGUCCCAGUGUUGUCUUCAAAACUUGAACAACGCAAUGGCCACUCAGAUUCAUUUGGUCUUCAGCAUCAAGGGCAGAACCUAAAACACAUCAAUGGUCAUGAGCCUGAAGUGAUGGACACAGUUGCCACUGUCAGAGGGGUGAUGCUGGUGCCAAAAGGAGCUAAAUAUUCGGAUAUAAGUUCAGCCAAGAAGAAAAGUUAUAUAAACAGGGAAAAAAGGUUCACCUUUGUACUGGCUGUGGUUAUAGGGGUAUUUGUCCUUUGCUGGUUCCCAUUCUUUUUCACCUACAGCCUUGGAGCCAUCUGCACUGAACUCUGUUACAUUCCAGACAGUGUCUUUCAGUUUUUCUUCUGGAUCGGAUACUGCAACAGCUCCCUUAACCCUGUUAUAUACACCAUUUUCAACCAGGACUUCAGAAAGGCUUUCCGAAGGAUUCUGUGCAGUCACUGGUCACAGACAACAUGGUGACCAGUAAGGAAGGGGGUGGGUGUGGAUUUCAGAACUUAAAAUUUAUUAGACUUGAUUGACUUCAAAGAAAUAUAUGUGAGAAACCACAAUUGUUGAAUCGAUCUAUUCUUUUUGUUAAAAAUCCAUGAAUGCCAAUUUUUCAUAGAAACAUUGAAAACUCUCUUUCAUAUUGUAGGAUCGUUUUGAUUCCAGUCCAGUUCUCUUCGCCUUAUCUUGCAGCUCCAGUUUCACAUGACCAUAUGUAUUGUUCUUUUAAUCGUUGGCUCCAACAAAACCAACCAACUCAUUGUUGCUCUGCAUACAGUUACCCAAAAAUGGAGUAAGUAUUUUUCAAAUGCAAAUACUUUAUAAAUGCUAAGAAGAAUUAAAAUAACUCUUGUCUCAUUGGAUGCAUAGAUACAUAUGUUUUACAUAAUGUUGACUUUAGGCAGGUGGGUCAAAAAUACCCUGUUUGCUGCCAUGGCUGUAGGUUGACCACCCCUGGUGUAAGGAGUCUACAAAGAAAUAAAAAGCCAUUUACAUGAAUUGUUCCUUCACAUUCUAGUACAAGAAGAGGGAGGGGGGAUUCCGAAAAGGGGACAUUUAUUGAGACUUGAAUGCAUUUCUCAAUGCUGAAAUUCCAAAGAGUGAGAUGUAAAGCGUGUUUGCUUGUUUAUGAAGAAUAGAAAAAUCAAGCAAUUACUGUAACACAGGGAAGUAAAAAAAAAAUAUAAUACAGCACUCAUUUUCUACUUGUGUUUAUUCCAAAUCUAAAUGGAAAUGUUACAAAAGUGAGGCUUAAUGUGACUAAUGGUUUUCCUUUCUGCGAUUGAUUUUAAUGUGCACAGCAGGAACUCUUGUUUGUUCAAGGAAAGUUUUCAAGGCAUUCACGAGAAAAUGGAAGGUUUUUGUUUUAUAUAUAUAUAUAUUUUUUUUAGCCUAAACAGAGCUGUUUAUUUUUUCGGCAAUCACAACGCAGGUGAUCGAUUUUGGGUUUGUGCAUGUGGGCAGCUGAAAAUCUUUUUGCAAACGCAGUUUGUUGCAUAUGAAAAUGUUCAGUGUGUGUGUCUGGGACUUGGAGGCUUUUGGCAGGAAUUUUGGAAUAAAGUCAGAGAGAACGUAUAAUAAAAAUGUUACAGAUAUGCACCUGGCAUUGACUCCCAAUGUACAUGCUUUGUCCAACUUGAGUAAACAAAGCAGGCAGCAGUUCUUCAAACCAAUAAAAGGGGCGCUAUUACAUCUUGCGCCACAAUGUUUCACUUUUGCACAAAAAUUACUUUUUUAAAAUCCAUUAAAUUUAAAUCCAUUGGGCAUUUUUAAUGAAUGUAAGCUGAAAAAAGUUGCUUAGAGUUUAGGUUAUUUUCCUUAUACAAAAGAAGCCCUUUAAGCUUUCCGACUAUGUACUGUUUGUACCCCUGUUGCUGACAGGGUGAGUAACAAGGGGCUCCAUGAAUUAUGUGUCUAUAUGAAGAAGAUAAAAAAAAACAGUAGCUGAAUGUUAAAUAUACUUCCCUGCAGUUAAUGUUCAGCAGCCUUCGAAGAACAGGAGGGAUAAGGACUGUUGAAAACAAAACCUUUAUAAUGGAGAUCUCUUAUGUUGACGGGACUUUUUAUUUACUGCAAAAAAGGCUUGAGCAAUAUUGAUAUAAAAAAAUGUCAUCAUUAUCUUGCCCUGCUAUUACACUCUCUUCCUACCUACCUGUGCAGAGGCCAGGACAGGUGCUCACAUGUGCAUUCCCUAAACACUUCACCAUCUUCUGUAUCAUCCCAGGUAUGAGGAGAUUCAGUUUACCUG